AUGCAGCAGCGAGAGCAACAGCAGGGCGUGUCUGGGACACCCUCAGGGAUGUCGGGACCAGUUGUGCCAAAGGCCUCGGUUCCUCACCCAGUGACAAUCAAGGGCCCCUUGUCGAGUUCAGCGAGUGUUGUUAAGACUUGGGAACCUCAGCCCGAUUUCACUUGGACGAGAGUACUGAGUGUACAGCUUGUGGAGAGGAUUCUUGAGAUGCGUGAUUUAGUGGGUGGUGAUGAUGUGAAAGCUGAUGAUGAUGAUGUGUUUCUGCUUCGUAAGACUCACGAUCUGGAGAAGAAGCUGGGAUAUGCUCUGUUCUGCUGA